AUGAGGCCUCCACCUGAUCUUUUUCUUUCUUCUUCUUCACUUGUUGGCAAACUUAAAAAGCCAUUGUAUGGUUUAAAGCAAGCAUCAAGACAGUGGUUGGUCACAGGAGAUGAUGACAUAGAGAUUCAAUCUCUCAAGUCACUUCAUAAUAAAUUUCAAAUCAAGGAUUUGGGUCACAUUCAUUAUUUCUUGAGCAUAAAGUUUAAUAUAGUUGCAAACGGAAUGGUGAUUAAUCAACAAAAGUAUGUCAACGAAAUUAUUUCUGCUUAUUCAAUGCAAGAACAAUCUAUCACUACCACUCCUUUAUCACUGAAACUUCAUUUAUUGCCUUUAAUGGAAGAACCUUUGCCAGAUGUUACUAUGUACAGCCAGCUCAUUGGGAAAUUGAAUUUCCUUCUUCAUACUCGACUAGAUUUGGCAUACUCAGUUCGGUAUUUGAGUCAAUUUAGCCAAACUCCAUGUCAAGCUCAUUACAAUGAUGGCAUGCAUGUAUUACGAUAUCUUAAAGGCACUAUAACACAAUGGUUAUUUUUCAAUAAAAAUCCUUCUUUUAACAUUGAAGCUUUCUAUGAUUCUGAUUGGGCAUCAUGCCCAAUCACAAGAAGAAGUGUUAGUGGUUUCUUUAUUUUUGGGGAUACUCCUAUUUCAUGGAAGUCAAAGAAGCAAGUUACUAUCUCCUUAUCAUAUGCUGAAGCAGAAUACAGGUCUAGGAGGCGUGUGUGUGCAGAAUUAGCAUGGCUAAGCCGUCUCUUAUCUGAAUUACAAGUGGACAAUAUUACCCCUAUUCCUCUCAAGUGUGAUAAUCAAGCUGCCAUUUGUAUACCACGAAAGAACAAAACAUAUUGA